AUGGGUCAUAAAUUCAAUCUUCCUUACACCAAAACAAUACCUGUGAUGGACGUGAUCGUUGACUGCGAGAGGGUUAUCGGUAAACACGACUUUGAGAAUAGAGAUUUGAUUAGGGGUAGAGUUGUUAACACUAUUACGAAUUUUUUAAAUUCAAACCAAUAUUCUAAAUCUUUCAGUCCCUCCUUGUAUCGGGAUAUGAGGGAUACUCAGACGUUUCUCUCGAACAAUAAAGAUCACAUAGUUGUCUUGAGGGCUGACAAGGGGAACGUUACUGUAAUUAUGAGCAGAGAUGAAUAUUUUGGAAAAUGUACGGCACUUCUCAAUGAUACACAUACCUAUCAAACGUUGGAAUCUGAUCCCACAGUUCGCAUCCAGAACAAAAAUAAUAGAUUCGUCAAGAUCCUGCUGAACAAAGACCUAAUAUCGGAAACUGUCGCGGAGAAAUUAACCUGUAAUAACGGCAUUUUCCCUAAGAUGUAUUUUCUUCCCAAGAUACACAAGACUGGCAUACCGUUGAGACCGGUCUUGAGCUUUGUAGGUUCCCCUAUUUAUCAGUUGUCAAAAUUUGUCGCCGAUCUAUUAAAGCCAAUAUUCGUCAAAGAUGAACAUUAUGUCCGGAACUCCUUUGAUUUUUUCAAUUCGAUAAAUGGAACCAAACUACCACCUGACUAUAUAUUGGUAUCACUUGAUGUCGUUUCUCUCUAUACCAACACACCUACAGAUUUAGCAUUGCAGAUCAUUGAAGAAAGUUGGAAUGUAGUUUCCGACCCCUCACCCGAUUUUGAUUUCAACACUUUCAAGUUGGUUUACAACUUUUUGAUAGCCAGCAGCUAUUUCUGUUUCAGCGGACAAUUUUAUCAUCAGAUUUUUGGUUUCGGAAUGGGAAAUUGUGUUUCACAGAUUUGCUGUGACAUUGUAAUGGUGAAACUUCAGAAUUCUUGUCUUUCCCGAUUACCUUUCUGGGUGCCCAUUUUUAAACGCUACGUUGACGACAUUUUCAUUGCUAUACCCGUUAACACUGAACAACUCGUUUUGGACACAUUCAACUCCUUCCACCCUAAAUUACAAUUCACUUUAGAAUUGGAAUCAAAUAACGCUCUGAAUUUUCUUGACAUGAGAGUUGAGCGUGUGGACGAAAAUGUUUUAUAUGUCGAUUGGUACCAGAAACCUACUUUCUCUGGUAGAUAUAUAGGUUUUCACUCCCAUCCCAUCAUGCCAUGA